GCAUUUGCAUUUCUUGGUAACAAAACAACAAAACUGCAAUUCACACUAACACAGAGUAGCACCCGGACUUUUACUUUGAAAAUGUGCCUUUCACGACAUCGUGGCACAGGAAGUUGUCAUUCACCCGUUUUGUUCCGUGGACUGUACCGUUCAUUCUGUCCCAACUAACGUAAACAUUAAUUAGUUUUAGUACGUGUACCGUCUACACUUGACAUGGACAGUCCAGAAGUAACGUUUACGUUGACGUACAUAGUAUUUGCGUUCUGUUUCGUUUUUACGCCGAGUGAGUUUAGAUCUGCCGGUUUCACGGUGCAGAACCUGUUUUCGGGAUGGCUCGGCAGUGAAGAUAUUGGUUUCGUCCAGUACCAUGUUAGGAGGACAAGCGUCACCCUGUUGGUCCACUCCACUCUGCCUCUGGGUUACUACCUGGGUAUGUGCAUUGCUGCUCCAGAGAAGAACCUUAUCUACGUGCACCAGGUGAGCGAGGGAUGGAGACUGUUCUUCUUUCUCUGCCUGACCCUGCAGAUCUGCAGCUGGGCCGUUGUCAUCUACUGGUCGGGCCGGCGCUGGGGGAACCACCCCAUCUCCAGAACCCUCCAGGCCCACGCCUUGGGCCAGUCUGGCUGGGGCACCGUGGCCGUCUCCAUCAACACCGAAUUCCGCCGCAUCGACAAGUUUGCCACGGGGGCGCCGGGUGCCAGGGUUGUGAUCACAGACACCUGGAUCCUGAAGGUGACCACGUACCAUGUUCACGUGGCCCAGCAGCAGGACACACACCUUACCGUCACAGAGUCACGCCAACACCAGCUGGUGCCCGACUCUGCUACGCCCGUUCAGAUCCUCACGCUCAGCGUGGCCAGCAUCAACCCCAGUGUUAAGACCUUCCACAUCAGGCUGAACUCUACAGAGUAUGCAGAGCUGAGAGAGAAGCUACAUGCUCCAGUCAGGAACGCUGCCAACGUGGUGAUCCACCAGACCAUGAGUGACCUUUUCCUAGAUACCUUCAAGAACCAGGUGGAGCUUAACCAGACAUACCAGCCACCCAGCAGACAGGAGUUGGAAGCGUGCAUCGGCUGCAUGCAGGCCCCAGCAGGCAUCAAGCUCCUUCGUCUGUGCCAGGAAGAUGCCGAGGGAGGCGAUGGGGAGUGUCAGCAGUGCUACUGCAGGCCCAUGUGGUGCCUGACCUGCCUGGGGAAGUGGUUUGCCAGCCGCCAGGACCAGCAGCACCCAGAGACCUGGCUGGGUAGCACGGUGCCCUGCCCCACCUGCAGGGCCAAGUUCUGCAUCCUGGAUGUCUGUCAGGUCCACUGACCCUCUGGGCGUCAGGUGCCUCUCUCUGUCAGAUACGGACUGUUCAUGUCCCUUCCCUUGGGCCGGCUGACUGUCCUUACCCCUCUUCACCAGCCUGUGAGCGCUCAUAUAAUGAGACCCAAGUUCUCCCCCCAACAGACAGCCAGAGGACUAUGGCUUAUAACAUCUUGGUUUGGAGCCUUCCUCGUGCCAACGUGACUCAGUAAUACGUCAUCUCAUCGACUCAAACCUGUUUAGAGCUGCUGAGCAGCUAAAGUUCCAAAAGUGCCUUCUGUCAAGCGUCACUCCUGAAGUCUCAACAGAGACACUGACAUCUGUUCUUUAUUCACAGUGGUCUGAUUUGACCUUUCUUUCAAUUUUUCCCCCAUUUCUCCAAUAUAUUAUCCUUGUGAGACUGGUGAGUUGGAUUAACAGAGUAUAAUUUUGGCAGCUUGAAUGACUCGUGACGGUUCCAGUACUGCAAGAGCCCGAAAACGGAAAAGUUACGAUCUGCUAUUCUCUAUAUAUGACUGUGUACAACUCACAAGGCUAGAUUGGGAUUUGGGAAUCAAACAUAUUGAAUAAAACAUGCAUUACACAUUACAUUUUUCCUCUGUCUCUAUUUCCAGAAUAUGUAAAAAAAAAUACAUAUAGAGAGAAAAAAAUACUUUCUUUAGAAUUGAUCCUUUCAUGUGUCUCUUUUGUGAUAUAGUGGUGACCCUAGGUGUUGGUGAGUAGGCCGGUGUCUUCAAGUACGCUUGUGAGCUCAAGAGCCUACCAUGAUGGAAUUAGGGGAAAAGGCGAUCUGCUACCUCAACACUACUAUGCUGUUCUACCUGUAAUUAAAUAUAUACCAUAUA